CAAAAAGGUUGUCUUAAGAUUAUGGUGACCUUAACUGUCGAUAUGUCGAAAACAGCAAUGUCUCAGCUAGAAAACAGUUUGUAUGAGCGGUUGACGGCGUAUUUUCACCACAAAUCGGAUAUCGACUUCUCUACGCUUCGUAAUAAUAUUGAUAUCAUCAAAAGAAUGACGUACAGUGAGUUCCAAGAGACGGGCGUAGAAGACGUCACCGAGCAUUUGUCAAAAUCUAGGGAGAAGUUGGAGGUGGCGCUUGUAGGCGAUACAGGAGCUGGUAAAAGUACCCUUUUCAACGCGCUGACUGGGUUACGUUUCGGACGAAUUAUGGAGUAUGAUGCUGACGCCGUGUCUAGGAACGUUCUCAGAUUUGAGUCAAAUCCAGCUAUGCAGGAAGGGACGGUGCAGGUGGAAGUAGUCUAUCUAACCGCUUCACAAUGGGGAGAAGAUCGCGAGUUACUCAGGAGAGAUAGCGAAAUCGACGCGGAAGAUUUCUUGGAGACCGUCAAUUUUUUUGGAUAUGACACGAAGGGAAAAUCACGGGAAGAAUUGGUCGAGAUUCUUGAGGAUAAUCCUAAGGAUGACCCUAACGAGUUGUUUUCUAAAUUUGGGACAAGACGUGUCUUGGGCCCCUUUACUACACCUGAAUCAGCUCGUAGUGCGCUCAGUAAGCUUGACGAAGAAAGUAGCAUCAUUUUGGAAAUCAAAAUUACGGCAAGAGCGGUUCGAGUCACAGACGACUCGGCCGAUACGCUACCAGGGAAUAUUAGUCUAGUAGAUAUCCCUGGUCUGGGAGAUAUCAGUCCCCUGAGAAACAAUAAGUCUAGACGAUUCCUCAGAGAACGCAGACCCUAUGUUUUAUUCCUAUUGAGUAGGGAUACAGCAAGAGUCAGUAUGCGGCCUUGGAACACUUUGAAUUUCAUAGAUAGCCAUGUUGGGUUUGAAAAAAUUACUAUUAUCAGAACUAGAUGGGACGGCACUCGCAAGACUAACCAAGUGGAUAUCGACCUUAGUUUUUUCAAAAAGAAACUGGAGAGUAAGUACUUACAGGAAUUCAAGAACAAAGCAAGUGAAGGUGGCGAAGAUAACGGAGAGAUUCUCGAUGGGGACUACGAGUUCGCGGAGCGCGAAAAACUUUAUUUUUUGCACACGAAGCAAAAAAUACAGAACUUCCGGCAGCUACCAGCGACAAUACGCGAACAUUCAGGCUGUGAUUCAGAUGAAUUGCCGGUUGUUGUAAAAUCCAGUCAAUACGCAAUUUUUGACAUAUCGGAAGUGCAGUCUAUGCUAAAAUCAUUAGCAGUAUCGUACGGAGAUUCACUAUUGAUUGAGAUUGCAGCAGUGGCGAAUGGGUGGCUCAACUUUGAUUGUGCAAGCUUCAAAGCAGAGACAAACGCAAUAAGCAAUCCAAGAUACUUGCGUAAAUGGGAUAGACAUAUUCGCCGACGAGCAACAGCGCAGACAACCAAAGACACAGUAGGCACUCUGUUGAAACAACAGUUGGAUGCUUUCAAAUCUAACCAUCGUGGUUUGAAAUCUAUAUUGCAACAAAGAGGUCGUGGAGAAAGAUAUAUCUAUUGCAAUGGAGAAAAACAGAGAUUAUACAUUGAUCUACAUACAGAGAUGCUGGCUGGAUUUGAUGGAUCUAGCAGGUUGCUAAAAUUGUUCUUGACUGACCUCGACAGUAAAGCGCUGCAUACGCGUCCACCUUAUGCCGUGUUAACUAAAAUUAAAGAUCUGCAACGGGCCAUAAAAUGGGACUUUGAAUAUAAGCCGUGGGCCGUGAUUGGCAACAUAAUGAGUGAUGGACUCGUAUAUGUCGAUGGCAAAAGAGGAAUGCAAAAAACGAAGGAGAAUAUAAUGGCUUUCUACGAAAGUAAGAAGGAUGAGAUCGCAGCGGCUGUGUCGAAGUGUCUAGUGACGAUUGCAGAAAAGGCCCAUGAUGGUUUGAAACAGAUAGUCAUUGAAACUCUACAAGAUUUCAAUCGCAUCGAGAGAGUCCUAUCAAAGUCAGAUACUUCUCCUAAACGGCCGAUCGACAACUCCGACGACGACAAUGAACAGAAACGAAUUCGGGUAUGAAUCCAGAAGAAAUCUACACAUUUCAAAAGAAAACAAAAAAGGUAGGGGAAUUGCCGAAUUUGAUAUGUAUUCAUAACUACGCGUCCCCUCAGCGGGACCCAAACGGGGAGUGCAUAGUCGAACACUGUACAUUUGUUUAAAAACAAACAUUUAAAUAACACCACCCUCAGUGUGCCCUCACUUUGGCAGACUAUAGAACACUCAUGACUCAAUAUUCGUCCGAUCCAGGAGUUAAAAAGAGCAAUUUGCUUCGAAUAAUAAAGGGCUAUAAAUUUUAUCAGCAGUAGGGACGACCUUCCAUUCGAUUUUAAGAAUUGCAGCUGAUUUACAAACAAGGAACAUUGCUAAACUAUAGUCGACAUAUUUACAAUAUACCAAUAUACUCAC